CCACGUGUGGAGGUGGAUCGAUCAUGGCGGCUAAUUCCCGAGGCGAUUCUUCAUCUCAACCUAGAAUAAAUUGUUCUCAUUGUCAGAAGUCCUAUGCUGAUACAAAAGGCGUGUCUAGGCACAUAAAGCAGUGCCACCCGGAGAGGAGUGAUGAGACCGGGUCUCUACUGUGUCCUUUUUGUUUGUCUACAAAGUUCUGUCGCAUCAGUUCUCUCGAAGCUCAUCUCAAAGAAAUUCAUCAUCUUUCCAUUGACAACUCAGAGCAUUCAUUUGCAAGUUAUGAUGAUUUUUCCCUAUGGAAAUCCAGAGAAGAGGAAAGCACUUCCUCCAAUUUUGUUAUGCACGGAGGAAGUGUUGUGAAAGAUUGUGUUAAACAUGUUUAUUUUUAUUGUAAUAGGUCUGGAGAAUCCAGAAAGGGCAGGAAGUCUGGUGCUAGAAGUAGCAAGAUGAAAGAAACAUCAAAGAUUGGCGCUACUUGUGUAGCUCAUAUGAAAGUUGAACAGAACAUGGUCAGUGGAAAUUGCAAGGUAUAUUACAAUAGCACACAUUGUGGUCACAAGAAAGAUUUGGCGCACAUUAGACUCCCAGAUAGUUCAAGGGUUAAGAUUGCUAGCCAGCUACGAGCUGGCGUUUCUAUAAAUAAUAUUCUAGACAGCAUUCGUGACGUUUCUUUGGACCAGGGUUAUAAGCGGGAGCAUCUAAUAGUGAGACAAGAUAUAAAAAAUAUAGAACGCAUACUUAACCUAAGUAACAUUCAAAAACACACGAAUGAUCAGACUAGUGUAGCUAUUUGGGUACAAGAAGCCCUCACUCAACCAUACAACCCAGUUUUAGUGUUUAAGCUACAGGGUCGAAAAGAUUCUGUAGUUGGCGAUACUGACAAUUUAGAAGAGAAAAAUUUUAUUUUGGCUAUACAAACUGAAUUUCAAUGCGAUGCCAUGAAAAAGUUUGCUUGUAAUGGUAGAGUUGUAUGUGUUGAUGCAACUCAUGGCACAAAUGUGUAUGAUUUUUUUUUGAUCACAGUAAUGGUGUUGGAUGACUAUGGUGAAGGUGUACCAGUAGCAUGGUGCAUUUCAGAUAGAGAAGACAGCUCUGUAUUGUCCCAGUUCUUUAAACACAUGCAUGAACGUGUAGGUAACAUUGGCCCAGAUUAUUUUAUGAGCGAUGAUGCUGAGCAAUACCACACAGCCUGGUGUGGUGUUUUUGGACCAGUGAAAAAAAAACUAUUGUGCAUCUGGCAUGUAGACCGCGCAUGGAAGAAAGCAAUACAUGCUCAUGUGCCGGGUGAUGAGCAAAAGGCAGAGGUCUAUCACAUGCUAAGAGUGCUGCUCAAUGAGACUAGCAUUACUGACUUUCAGGUGCUUUUAUCACAAGCAAUGUCGUAUUUUGAAGAAAAGCAUCCACGCUUUUAUGAAUACAUGAGAACUACCUAUGCAACUAGAAGCGACCAGUGGGCAACAUGCCAUAGAAUUAAUGCAUCCAUAGGCACUAACAUGGCCGUUGAAGCUUUUCAUAGAGUUUUAAAGAUUGAGUAUUUGCAGCAUAAGCAAAACAGACGCCUCGAUCAUCUCCUCCAUGUUUUAUUCAAAAUAAAUAGAGACUUGAUCUAUAACUACAUAAGGAAGGAGGAAAUUGGUAAGAGAUCACACAAACUUUGUGAAAUACGUAAAAGACAUUGUUCUGCUGUUACUAUUAAUGAAAGAGGUAUUGACAUUCAGUCAAAUGAUGGUAACAGCUGGAAAGUUAAGUCUCAGUCUACUCCUGACCAAUGGUACAUUGUUGAAAAGAUUGCAAGUGCAUGUAAUUUGUCAUGUAAGCUGCGUUGUGAUGAAUGUAACAUUUGUACUCACAUGUUUAGUUGUAAUUGCAUGGAUGCUGUGAUGCAUUUCACUAUUUCUAAGCACAUCCACCUUGUUUGUAUGCAUCAUCAAGUCACAUGUAAUCCAAAUAUUGAGUUAUCAUUAAUUGAUAGCACUGCUGUAGAUGAUUCCCAGCCUGUCACUGUUGCUACAUGCAUCAGCUCAGCAGGACCGGGAUCAUCAGUGCCUUCUUCCUUGGGAACUCUUAGUAAAGAGUCAUUAUUAAAGAAACAUGAGGAAGUGAGAGAUAUGAUAGUCAAAAGCUCGGGCCAAAAUUUAGCUGAGCUUAAUAGCCAUUUGUCGUCAAUGAUGGCAUUGCUGCAAACACAAGUAGAUGUAAUGGCUCAGCCAUUACCUGUCAGGAAACGUCCAGCACCAAAUGCUAAUAUUGUGACACAAGCGAAAUUUUAUUCAACAAAAAAAAGACGUACAGAAGCAAUGAAAGCAAUAAAAAAACCAAGUAGCGAAGAACAGACGACAAUCAAGUCACAUUUAAGCCAAGUUGACGUCACUGUUUGUUCAAUCUGUUUCAAUUCCGAUGAUGAUCAUCGCCAAGAAUCAGAUGUACAGUGGAUAGAGUGCGUUAAAUGUUCUACUUGGGUUCACCAGUCUUGUGCUAAGCGCACAUUUUCAUCCUCUUCCCUUGAUCUGGAAAACUUUGAAUGCUUCAGUUGCAUUAGAAAUAGCAAUUGAUGCUAUAGUUGAUCCUGAAAAAA